AUGUCGAAAAUGGCGGAACAACCUCGCUCGAUGGAGUCUCGCGUAGGGCGGACAAACCAACGCUACGGCUCCAAAGGCGAAAGGCUCGUGGCGGGUGUGGUCCCGCUGUCUCAUGACAAAACGCGGGUAUUGAUGAUCCAGUCCGCAGGGAGAGGCGGCUGGGUGCUCCCAAAGGGCGGAUGGGAGACAGAUGAGGUACUUGCUCAGCAUGCUGCCUGCAGAGAGGCUUGGGAAGAGGCCGGGGUCAUUUGCACGGUCCACAAAGAUCUGGGCCUGAUUCCGGAUAUGCGUCCGUCCUCCCAUCUGACGAUGACUGCGCCGAAGGCCUCGUAUCAAUUCUUCGAGGUGACAGUUGAGCGGGAAGAAGACCAGUGGCCAGAGAUGCACAAGCGGAAACGGCAAUGGGUCACUUAUGCACAAGCGGCCGCCGCUCUUGCAAGUCGACCUGAGCUCUUGGAGGCUUUAAAUCGCAGUUCGCUGAAAAGAUAG